GAGCUCUAGAAAUUCUUAUUUUGUAUUAGAUAUACAGAUUUGUGAACGGGGUUUGGCGCGCACUGGAACAGAACGUAACGCGGCUGUAGCUGUCGUGAACGUAAACAGUUUACGACAUACCGUAUUCCAAUGACUCCACUGAGACUACACGUGAAAGCAGGAACAGGCGGAAAUACACUUUAAAUUACAGCGUUCUUAAUUAGUGUUAGUUCAUCAGCAGAGGGACAGCAUGCUGUACCUGGUCGGCCUGGGGCUUGGAGACGCGACAGACAUCACGGUGAAGGGUCUGCAGGCGGUGAGGGGCUGCAGCCGGGUCUACCUGGAGGCCUACACCUCCAUCCUUACCGUGGGGAAGGAGGCUCUGGAGGAGUAUUAUGGGAAGCCUCUGAUCCUGGCGGACCGGGACCUGGUGGAGCAGCAGGCGGAGGAGAUCCUGAAAGACGCUGACGUGACGGACGUGGCGUUCCUGGUGGUGGGCGACCCGUUCGGAGCCACCACCCACAGUGACCUGGUGCUGAGGGCAGUGCAUGCUGGGAUACCGUACAAAGUAAUCCACAACGCCUCCAUCAUGAACGCCGUCGGCUGCUGCGGCCUGCAGUUGUAUAACUUCGGGGAGACGGUGUCGUUGGUUUUCUGGACAGAGACGUGGAGACCCGAGAGUUUCUACGACAAAAUCUGUAAAAACAGGAAAGCUGGACAACACACACUGUGCCUGCUGGAUAUUAAAGUCAAAGAGCAGAGCAUCGAGAACAUGAUGAGAGGGAAUAAGACCUUCGAGCCGCCGCGCUUCAUGACGGUCGGUCAGGCGGCAGAUCAGCUGAUCCAGAUCAUCGAGAGGAGGAAGGAGGAGGGGGGGGGCGAGCUGGGUGUGACGGAGGACACGGUGUGUGUCGGCGUCGCUCGGCUCGGCGCAGACGAUCAGGUGAUCCGCACCGGGACGUUACGUCAGCUGGUGUCGUGUGACCUGGGCGGACCGCUCCAUUCGCUGGUCGUUACGGGUCAUCUCCACCCGCUAGAGGUGGACAUGCUGCGAGUGAACGCUGAACCCGACGCUCUGAAGGACCUGAAGUCCAUCGACAGCUCCACCUUCUGCUCAUAACACACACUCUGACGCUGGGUACAUGUGAGGACCCCGCAAUGCAGAAUGGACAAACACAAACCCUCAAAACUACAGUAAACGAUGAAUAAUCCACAACUUUUAGGAUGUAUUUAUUGUUAAUUGUGGGUUAGGGUUGUUUUUCAUAUAGAAAUGUCUUUAAAAGCUGCUUUUAGCUCCACAAAUAACACUUUUCACCGUUAAAUAUAAAAAAAGAGACAUCACUUUGGACUUUUCUUUUACUCAUUUUAUACAAAGUUUAAUUACAGUCCUCCAAUUGUCAAAUUAUAAACCUGAACCAUCAAACUGUCCCCACAAUGUUCAACGGUCCUCUUAUGACGGUUAUGCUAAUAUUUUGUCCUCACAAAGACAGUAAAACAAGCCUGUACACACAACAGGCUGCAGGAUGUCAUUAUUUAUCACCAGAAAUAAUAAACAUUUAAAGCUCCUUUUGGACGUCAAAAACUCCGGUCUUGUUAAACCUGAUAAAAGUCGGGUCCCCAAUUUGUCCCCUAAACAGAAAUGUGUGUACACUGAUGUCAUCAAUAAAGAGAAAUAAUAAAAUCAGAAACAGAAUUAUUUAUUUAUUACAGU